AUGGCUACAACUUGCAUGCCGUCUGGUACUGAUUCGGAAUGGUGGGUGCCAUUGGAGGCAGUCUCCUUCAACACUGCUUUUCCGGAGCCGUUGUACUUGAAGGUCCAGCAGGACACAUCUGGCGAGUUCCGCGUCCUGGGUCUAGGUGUGGGAGAAAGCUCCGACUGCACAGGACAAGGCUUGGUUCUGGGUGAUGCCCCGGCCAAGCAUGUGGCCGUGGGCGCACUGCUGCAGACAAGCCCUGCCGCCGAUGUGUGCUUGAGCAAGGAUGCUUCGGAAGUGAUUGGCGUGCCUGGUGCACUGACCCUUCGCGAGG